UGGCAGAAGAAUGCUCAAAUCUUACUGGGAGCCAUAGCACAGAAUUUAACGUGGGAUCCCACAGGCACUCGCCUUUUGACUGGUUCCAGUUGUCUUCAGCUUUGGUCCAAUGUUCCUCUGGAAAACCCUUCUGACAAUGACAAUACUGAAAGAACAGAUGUUCAACUUGGAGAAUGGAGGUGUAUCUGGCAAUGCAAAACUGCUUCUCAAGUGUGUUUAAUGAAAUUCUCACCAGAUGGGGAGUUUUUUGCUACUGCUGGAAAGGAUGAUUGUCUUGUGAAAGUAUGGUACAAUACAGACAGCUGGCGAUCGGCCAUAACCCCACCUGGUGCAAGUCCCGAAAAACAAGCAAAAGAGGUUGAGUUUUCAUUUGUUUAUUUGGCUCAUCCUCGAUCAGUAAAUGCAUUUUCAUGGAGGAAGACCAGUAAAUUCAUGCCACGUGGUGCUGUCUGCAAUGUGCUCCUGACUUGCUGUAAGGAUAAUGUCUGUCGUCUCUGGGCAGAGACACUGUUACCCAAUGACAGUCUGUUGUAUGGUGGCGCAUGCAACAAUUGGAAUGAAUCGGUGAACUUCACGAAUAACUUCAAGAGAAAUACUUCAAGUAAGGAAAAAGUGCAAAAUGCUUUAGAGUUAAAUCUGAGGCACUUUCGACGAGGAAGGAGAAGGUCAGGUGCUGUUGUAGCACAUACUGGAUAUGCUCCACAUCAGCAAGAUCCACAUGAAGUUCACAGGAGCAUCCCUCCUCAUGCAAAUGCACUUUGUCACUUUCAUAUUGCUGCUAGUAUCAAUCCAGCCACAGAUAUUCCUCUACUCCCUUCUAUCACGUCUCUGAGUCUUGGUGACAGUGAAGAAAAAAGUGGACCAUUUGUUGUGCACUGGCUGAACAAUAAAGAACUUCAUUUUACCUUGUCCAUGGAAGUGUUUUUGCAGCAACUUAAAAAGAGUUUUGAACAUCAUUCUCCCGAGACUAACACUGAGGAAUCUAAUCAAAUGGAUGGCAGAUCAGAAGAAGAAGCUGAUGAAAAUGGAGAUGAACAGAAAGGAAAUCAAGAGAAGAAGGAACUGGGUGAGGAGAAAACUACUCCAAAUUCAGGCUUUGUUCCAUUAUCUUCUGCUAUUAUUGAUCAUGAAAUUGAAGUACGCCUUUCUGAAUGGAGUAAAAAUGCUGACAUGCUAUUCAGUAUACAUCCUGUGGAUGGCUCACUGCUGGUGUGGCAUGUGGACUGGCUAGAUGAAUACCAGCCUGGCAUGUUUCGCCAGGUGCAGGUGUCAUUUGUCUCAAGAAUUCCUGUUGCAUUUCCGACGGGUGAUGCAAACUCUCUUUGCAGAAGUAUAGUGAUGUAUGCUUGUACUAAAAAUGUUGACUUAGCUAUUCAACAAGGCAAACAAAAGCCUCCCGGCCUCACACGAUCUUCAUCUAUGCUUAUCUCUUCUGGACACAGUAAAUCAACCAACAGUUUAAAACUAAGUAUCUUCACACCUAAUGUUAUGAUGAUUUCCAAACAUGCAGAUGGUUCUUUGAACCAGUGGCUAGUGAGUUUUGCUGAGGAAUCUGCUUUUUCAACUGUACUCAGUAUUUCACAUAAAUCCCGAUACUGUGGUCACCGUUUUCAUCUCAAUGACUUGGCUUGCCACUCAGUAUUACCACUGCUGCUUACAACUUCACACCACAACGCUCUAAUUUCACCAGAUGUUGAGAACGUAAAACAGGCAAAUGAUUCCUUAAAGUCUCAGGAGUCACCAGUAAGACUUCAGAGUAGAGGGAAUGCAAAUGUAACAUCCCAGGAUCCCAGUGCGGUUUACAGUGAGCUUAUUCUUUGGAGAGUUGACCCUGUUGGGCCGUUGUCCUUUUCUGGUGGAGUUUCUGAACUUGCUCGGAUCAAUUCUCUCCACAUUUCAGCUUUUUCUAAUGUUGCAUGGCUGCCCACACUCAUACCCAGCUAUUGCCUUGGUGCGUACUGUAAUUCUCCAAGUGCCUGCUUUGUGGCUAGUGAUGGACAGCAUUUGAGAUUAUAUCAAGCUGUAAUAGAUGCUAAGAAACUUCUGUGUGAGCUCUCCAAUCCAGAGAUUUCUAAAUAUGUUGGAGAAGUUUUUAACAUCAUAAGUCAGCAAUCUACGGCUCGCCCAGGAUGCAUCAUUGAACUGGAUGCUAUCACAGAGCUUCAUGGCAGGAAAAUGCAGUUAUUACAUGUUUUUCAAGAAGACUUCAUUUUAAAUAACCAGGAGAAGGAAAUAUCUGCAAAGAAGAGCAAUUUAUCAGACUCUGGAAAUCAGCAGAAUGGAUUCUCUGAAAAAUUCUACUUAAUUUUAAUAGAGAAUAGCCAAAACCAGUCAUUACUGCAUAUGUGGCAUUUACAUUUGAAGUCAAUUCCUGUCUCAGUAGAUGAAAAGAUAGAUUCAAAUACCCCUGAAACAGCAACACAAACAGAAGAGCUGUAUUCUUCACCAGAUCCGGAGAAGAUCCAGUCACCUUUCACUCAGAAGUAUCAAGCCUGCAAAGCAAACCUUCAGAGCACCAGCUGGCUUACUCUCUCUUCCAAAGUGGUGUACAGUCAAGAGCUGAAUUUGCCAGAAGGAGUAGAGAUAAUAAGCGUAAAGCCAUCGGCAGGACAUCUGAGUUCCUCUUCCAUAUAUCCUGUUUGUCGUGCACCAUACCUGCUGGCUACCUCAUGCUCUGAUGGAAAAGUUCGAUUCUGGAGAUGCAGAGUUGCCACUGAACCAUCAGCUUCUUCCACGCCAGAGUGUAGUGCACUUAGUGAUGUUACAUAUGUAUGGGAAGAAUGGCCAUUACUGAUUGAGGAUGGACUUCUUAGUAGUAGUGCUAUUAAUGUUCCAGGAAGGCCAACGGAAGUUAGCUGUGCACACACAAACAGGUUAGCAGUAGCAUACAAGCAGAUGGCAUCUAAAAAUAGUAAUCUUUCUCAAGAUUUUCUAAUGCAUGUUAGUAUUUUUGAAUGUGAGUCUACAGGGGGUUCUUCUUGGAUUCUGGAACAGACUCUUCAUUUAGAUGAGAUAGGCACUGUGUCAGACUCUGGUGUUAGUAUUGAUAGUGGUUUAGUGGCAUGCAACCAACAAGACAUUUCCCAUGGUGGGAAUGUUAUGCAUAGCACUAAGCACUUGGUACACUUAGACUGGAUGUCUAGGGAAGAUGGGUCACAUAUUCUGACAGUGGGAAUUGGAUCAAAACUCUAUAUGUUUGGUCAGCUGUCUGGGAAGGUGCAAGAACAAAAUGGUAAGGAGAUUGUAGCAAUCUCCCACAGUGGCAGCACGAAGGCUACAGCCCUUUCUAGGUUUGUUCUACUGCGUUGUCUUGACCUGGUUUCAUCUGUAGAGGGGUCACCACCUUUCCCAGUCUCAUUGUCUUGGGUGCGUGAUGGCAUUCUUGUAGUUGGAAUGGACUGUGAAAUGCAUGUUUAUUCCCAGUGGCAAUCUCCUUCCAAGCAGGAACUAGUUGGUACAGAUUCCUACAGCGGCAGUAUACCAUGUACAACUAGCUUAAUGAAACAAAGCCAGUCAGCUGCCUCAGGUCUGCAUCCACCAAAGCGAACCUUGACCAGAUCUAUGACCAGCCUUGCACAGAAACUCAGUGGGAAAAGAUCUGCCUAUGAUCUGUCUACAGAAAUGGAAGAUUCUGGUCUUUUUGAAGCAGCUCAUACAUUGUCUCCCACUUUACCUCAGUACCAUCCAUAUCAACUGUUGGAACUCAUGGAUCUUGGUAAAGUACGUAGAGCGAAAGCCAUUCUGUCCCAUCUGGUGAAGUGCAUUGCUGGAGAAGUUGUUGCUGUAAAUGAAUCUGAACCUAAUCAUGAUAAGAGGCUCAGAUCUCUGACCAUCAGUGCUAGUGGAAGUACUACAAGAGAUCCCAAAACAUUCAGCAAAACUGAGACUACAGACUACGUUGAAAUAGACUCUGUUCCACCAUUACCUUUGUAUGCUCUGCUUGCUGCGGAUGACGAUUCAUCUCAUUCCUGUUCAGAGAAGUCUAAUCAAAAUAGUAAAAACAAAAAAGAUAUGCCCGGUGACAAUUAUGAAGAUCUCUUUCAAAAUACUGUUAUAAGUACAGAUGAAUUUGUUACAUUUGAUGCAGAUGAAGACAGUUUGAAACCUAAAGUCAUUGAUCUUUCUCAGUAUAGCCCAACUUACUUUGGACCAGAGCAUGCUCAAGUUCUUUCUCGUCACUUGCUUCAUUCAAGCUUGCCAGGUCUGACUAGGAUGGAGCAGAUGUCAUUGAUGGCGUUGGCAGAUACAAUUGCUACUACCAGUACUGACAUUGGAGAAAGCAGAGACAGAAACCAGGGUGGAGAAACACUUGAUGAAUGUGGUCUAAAAUUCUUAUUGGCUGUUCGGCUUCACACAUUUCUAACAACUUCACUUCCUCCUGUACACCGAGCUCAGCUGCUUCACCAGGGCUUAUCUAGCAGUCAUUUUGCCUGGGCAUUUCAUUCAGUAGCGGAAGAAGAACUGCUGAGCAUGCUCCCUGCAGUGCAGAAAGGAGACCCAACAUGGUCAGAACUCAGAGCUAUGGGCGUAGGAUGGUGGGUUCGAAACAUCCAUAGCCUACGGAAAUGCAUAGAAAAGGUGGCUAAAGCAGCUUUUCAUCGGAACAAUGAUCCACUUGAUGCAGCUAUUUUUUACCUUGCGAUGAAGAAGAAGGCUGUGAUCUGGGGAUUAUACAGGUCCCAAAAAGAUACUAAAAUGACCCAGUUUUUUGGAAACAACUUUACUGAGGAUAGAUGGCGUAAAGCAGCGUUAAAGAAUGCUUUUUCUUUGCUUGGCAAGCAGCGCUUUGAACAUUCUGCAGCAUUUUUCCUGUUGGCAGGACACUUGAAAGAUGCGGUGGAGGUCUGCCUUGAAAAACUGAAUGACAUUCAGUUGGCUCUUGUAAUAUCAAGACUUUAUGAGUCAGAGUUUGAAGUAUCUAGUACUUACAAAUCUGUUCUACAGAAGAGAAUUUUGGGAAGUGUGUUUCCUGGAAAAGAGAGCUCAGGAAACAUACACUGUGACCCUUUUCUGCGAAGUAUGGCUUACUGGAUUUUAGAAGAUUAUAGCAAGGCUCUUGACACUUUGAUUAAACAUUCUGUUGAAGAUGAAGGAGAUGAAGGAGAUGGCUCAUCGAGUUGUAACCCUGCAGUGUUUAACUUCUAUAACUACUUAAGAACACAUCCCCUCUUGUUGAGACGUCAUUUUGGCUCUUCUGAUACAUCUUCCACACACAUGUGCCUAACAGUAGAAAAUGGAUUAGCUGACAAAAUCAACUUAAGCGAAAGACGGCUGUUUUUCACCACGGCAUAUGCUCAUCUAAAAGCUGGUUGUCCUAUGUUGGCCUUAGAAGUGUUAUCAAAGAUGCCCAAAGUUGUCAAGAGGUCAAAGUCAUUUUGUAGAUCCUCUAGUUUAAUGGAUACUAGUAAAGAUUUCUCACCAUCUUCUCCUGUUAAAGAGCUGGAAACAAAAGACCAGUCUUCCAGUAUUGAUUGGUCACAGCCAGUAUGGAAUGGGCUGGGUUCACCUUCAGAUUGUUCAUCAGGAAGACACUCAAGUUCGACUCUUUCCUUUGACUGGAGCCAGCCAAAUGUGCUGUUCCAAGAUGAACACUUGAAACUACAGUCAGACAGCGAAGAAAGCGACGUGAGUGAAGAUUCUUCCCUGGUAAUGAAAGAGCUAAAGCCUCCAAAGAAAAAUGAAAAAUUAUAUGAAACAAGUUAUAGCUACACAGAAUCUUCUAGUGUACUUGAUGAUAAAGAUAUUCUAACUCCAUCAGAAGACAUAAUUUCAGCACAGCUGAAGUUUAGAGCAUGCCUGAAAAUUCUUACUGUAGAGCUUCGUACACUGUCCACUGGUUAUGAAGUAGAUGGUGGGAAGUUGAGAUAUCAGCUUUACCAGUGGCUUGAAAGGGAAGUGGUAGCUCUUCAAAAGACCUGUGAUUAUAGUGUUGAAGAGAUGCAGUCAGGAAUUUGUGUCAUGCCAGAGGAAACUGCAUUACAUGAAAACACUGCAGACUUAGCUGACCAGCAAAAAAACUUUCAGAAAAGACGUCAGUGGCUGCUGAAAUACCAGUCUCUCCUAAGAAUGUUCCUUAGUUACUGUAUACUUCAUGGCUCUCAUGGUGGAGGUUUGGCAUCUGUCAGAAUGGAAUUAAUUCUGCUGUUACAGGAAUCUCAGCAGGAACAGUCAGUAGAGAUGCCUUCCAGUCCUCUACCAGAGCAAAGCUCCAUACCUCUCCUGUUUGCUUGCACAGCUAGUGCCAAAACAGUGGUGGCUAAUCCACUGCUACAUCUGGGUAACUUAACUCAUGAUAUAUUACAUGCCAUAAUAAACCUCGAUUCCCCACCUCAUCCAGAUGCUCAGAAUAACAAGAUAUAUGUAAUGCAUACGUUAGCAGCAUCACUCUCUGCUUGCAUCUACCAAUGUCUUUGUGAUGGCCACAGCUACAGCUCAUUUCAAGCAAAUCAGUUCACUGGAACAGUCUAUCAGACAGUGCUGUUAACUCAGCGCCAUUCUCUACGAACAACAAGCUUAGAAGAAACAGUGACUCCAAAUACAUCACCUGCUCAGUGGCCAGGAAUAAGAGCUCUAAUACAUCUUUUGAAUUCUGCUGGUGAGGAAGCCCAGCCAGGUCUCACAGUUUUACUUUGUGAAAUUCUAACUGCAGUCUAUCUGAGUCUGUUCAUCCAUGGCCUGGCAACACAUUCUAGCAAUGAGUUGUAUAGAAUUAUGGCUCAUCCACUUAACAACAAAAUGUGGUCUGCUGUCUUUGGAGGAGGAGCUCAUAUGCCCAGUGGAGGACAACAGCAAUUAAAGGCAAAAACUGAUGAUGGAGAGAAACAGCAAAAAUGUUACAAGCCUUCGUCAAAAACCCCUCCAAAAGAGAGUUCUCAGUUGCCUGCAUUGCCAUUGGUGGACCAGGAGUCUCCAUCUUACAAAGAAAGAUUUAUUCCUCCUGAGCUUAGCAUCUGGGAUUAUUUCAUUGCAAAGCCUUUUCUUCCAUCACAAAGUAGAGUGGAAUAUGAUUCAGAAGAGAGUCAAGACAGUGGCGAAGAUGAAGAAACUGAUGGAGGUGUGUUUGCAUCAGAUUCACAAAAUCAAGAGCAUUCAAAUUCAAAUUCAUACAGGUAA